AUGCGACGUGCCAGCUUACUGUGGUUUUCUAAGCGUCUCCGCGGUACGGUGAUCUCGUGGCAUCCGUUUGAGCGGCACGGUGUUAUUCGUUGCGCGACGGAUGGCAAGGAGUACAAAAUUCCGAAUGCUCGCGCUUUCGAGACUAUUUUGCCCACACGACUGCGCCAAUUGGAGGGCGCCGCGGUCGAGUUUGAGGCCAUUUGCGGCACUCAAGACGUGGACCGUGUCAUCACACGCAGUCGUUUGGAGCCCAUCACGGCAAAGAGUUAUGAGCGAAAAAGUCCCGUUGAUUUUCUCGCUGGAUUUUGUCUGGAGUCGAGUAAUAUGACGACACCAGAGGCAACCUCAGAACCAAGCGCCACAUGCGCCUCUUCCCUAUCCUCUCCGUCGGCACUGUUUCCGCAGCCACUUGCUGGAAACAUUACUGUUGACUUGAGUACAGUGAUGUCAAAGAGGAGCAAUGGAGGAAGUGCCCCUGCGAAUAGGGAGGGUGCAAAGAAUACAGAAAUUGAAAGAGAGGAAGAGGAGGGUUUGCGAGCUCCGCGGGGUGUAAAGGAUCUUCGCAAUCUCGUGGUAUUGGACGAGGAUACAAAAGAACUGCUGCGGUUACGUCGUCAACUUGGCAGUGAUGCAAAAGCCCGCGAGGUCCUGCAGCAACGGCGAAAAGAGGCUGAGGCCGCGAAGACGAAACAACGGAAGGUACUUUCCACCCAUCAGACGGGUGUUGUUUUGACGUGGUCCUCGCUGCAUCGUAGUGGCGUGGUGCUGGAGAAUGCCACGGAAGUUUCUAGGAAUGCACCUGAGAAUAACAUGGAGGGCAUGUGCAUUAUUCGCAAUGUCGAUUCCUUUGACACGGCGCUUCCGACGGAGCUGAACUUGGUCGGCCGCACCGUAACCUUCUCGAAGGUGGCGUACGCGUGUCAUCCCUUGAAGGUUUUUGCCGAAAACAUCAGAGUGAGUGGGAGUGUAAACUUUGAAGAGGCACGGACUGCUGCAACGGAGGCUAAAGCGAAGGAGGCUGCCGCUAGGGAGCAUUCGAAACGUGCCAGACAACUUGGUACCCUCUUUGAAGAGGAGAUGGACCACACUGAUGAGCCGUUGCCCACCGGCCCCCUCUAUGGUGUGGUGACCCGAUGGAGUGGGGGGCAGGGCAUCGUGGAGACGGGCAACAGGCGACUGUAUUAUAUUCACUCCGCGGCAGAUUUUAUACAACUUAUCGAUCAAACAAGUAACACUAUUCGUGGAGCUGUUGUUUGUUUUACCGUCGAUAAAGAAAAUCGUCGCAACGCACGGGAGGUGAACAUCCUUUCGCUUGCUACGCGGGAAAUUAAUUCUGUGAUGCCCAUGCUGGAAAGGCAAAAAGGACCUACAACGACAACGACGACGACGACUAUUUUUGGUGAUGGAAUUUCUUCCGUUAAUGCUGCCUCUUUUGUUGCCGGUGCGGAUGGGGAAAACAGCAAUGCUAUUGCAGCCGAUGGCGGAACGGGGGAACUUUUAGCCGAUGCCAACUGGGUGCAAGGAAUAUUGAUUACGUGGUCGUCUUUAGAGGAUCAGGGUGUCAUUCAGGGUGAUGACGGCAAUCGGUAUCUUCUUCGUGACGGCGAGGAGCAUGUGAGGGAUUACAAGACGUGCAAAUCUCUUUUAAAGAAGGGUCGCCGUGUGAAAUUUCUGCCCUUUGGCGGUACCGGUCUUUUGGCAUGUCAUGUCGUGCCUUUGGAAACUGAGGCAGACGAGGCGACCCUUGCGGAGGCGGAGCUGCAACCCAGAGAGCAGCGUGUGAGUGAGGGACACGCCGAGGAGGCCAUUGCUUCCCCCAUGAGUACCGCAUACUGGAUCAACCGGAUGGACCGUGCAGGGUACGACACCACGGAGGUGAAAAAAAUGCAAAACAGGGCAAUCACCUUUGACGAUGACGAUGACGAUGACGACAAGCUGCUCGAUAGCGAGGAUCUUUUCAAAAAAGAUCACUGGUUCAAUGACCCGCGGAAGAACAUGCGGCUUCCAAACAGUGAUAUGACGGCUGGCAACCUUGCUCUCAUUGGCCCUGCCUCGAUGAUGAACAUUGCCAUGAAGGCUCACAAUCCUCAAAAGCUGGAGAAGGUGAAGAACAAGUACUACAACCGUCUGACGGAACCCAUGAAGGAGUUUGCGUGGAAACAGGCAAAGGAGCUCGCCCCCAAGUAUGAGAAACGCAUCAAAGAGGCGCGUGAAAAGGGAGACGAACCUCGAUUUUCCUUUUAUUGA